AUGGCUAAUUAUCUCAUCGGCAUUGUGAAGCCGAUCUCGGACACCUCACCUGCAGAUGCAAGUGAGCAGCAACGUCCACCUCCCACAACAGCAGCUGAGGCACGUCAACAAGCAGCCGAGAAUCGUCGCCAGGGUCGUGAUGCAGCACGUGCCGCCAUGGGUCGCGGCACUACUUCACAUGUCGGCAGUGCCAACCCCGGGGUUAACACAGCGGCCGAUGCUGAAGAGGACGAUGAGCACGCUGCAGAGGAGGCAGAUGCAGAAGAUGCGGAAGCACCUGCCACAGCAGAGGGGGUGCAGGCAGAGGCUGGCGUGGACGACUAUGACAACACUCCUGACUCCGGUGUCGCGGAUGGGGACCACACCACACACGUGCGGACCGGGUUUAGGCAGAACAAGCGUGGUACAAGGAAGAAGUUGGGCAUCAACCUUGUCCACUGGACUCGCCUUAAGGCCCCUACUCGACGCUUCGGGAUCUUCACCAGCAACGCGGCUGAGCAGGUCAACAGCUCCAUCGUGCCCAUUCGGCGCUUGCCGGUGACCCCGAUGCUAGGGGGUCUCAUGGACUGGUAUCGCAAUAGGUAUUGUGAACGUAAGAUGGCGGCGCUCGAGCGAACUGAUCUCCUGACAGAGGCAGCAGAGGAGCGGAUGGUGGAGAAGGAGACACGGGCGGAGGGGUAG